UUGGAAGAGCCUUCCACUAUACUUCAGCUCCUAAAGAUUCUCAGUAACAUUAUCCUGACCGCUGACCCUGCUGUGGCCAGGAGAAUUGAAGCUGUGGAGCGAGAGGGUGAUAGGAGAGCUGACGGCUGUGCUUUUGCAGAUUUGGGAUAACCAGCCUGACUGGAAAAUGAAGGAGAAGAGAGCUGAGGAUUUGUGCCAGCUGUUGAUAUCAUUAUUUCUAAAUUCAGACCCAAACGCUCUGACCCCACAAGCAGCAGCAGUCCUGAGUCUGUUUGUUCACUACGGUGUGCAUGUUAACAUCCACAUGGACAGACUUACGGCUCUUCUAGAGGAUGUACUAUCAGGACCAGAAGAGCCUCAUUAUCCUUUACCUCCUGGCUGGGGCAUGUGUGACAGCGUCCUGGCAUUAAUUCUUUAUUUUCUCUCUGAGAGUGAAAGCAGUGUUCUCUAUGAUUUUCUGAACUCGGAGGUUUGGUGUCACUUGUGGACAAAAGUUAGCACUAUUCUAGAAAGUGCAGAAUCCAAACCUGAUUUUCUUUCAAUUGAUGGUCUCUCUGUCCUUUUAUCUAUUGCUCUGUUUGCGUUCUCCUAUGAGCCUUAUGACUGCCUUUGUCUGUUUUAUGAUGAUGACACAAAACUUAUUCGCACCCUCAUUCGUCUACUGACUACCGAUAGCAGUGCAGCACCACUCAAAAGGGGUCCCCUGUGGGGUGGCUCUGAUAUGAAUAGUCUAGCCCUGAUGAGCUGCCAGCUACUGUGCUUUCCGUUUGCUGUGGAGCUGCCCCAGGAGAAAAUGGUGGCAAUUCUCCACUUGUAUCAAAGCCUGAAUAUAGUGGAAGGCUUAGUUCAGAGCUUCCGCUUGGUCCGCUUGCUCUGUCUUUGCCUGUCCUCCCCUAAGUAUGCUGUUCCAAGCUUCAUAACAGCAGUCCAAGACUUUGGGUUUCUUCCACAGAGUGCACCAUCAGAGCAAACCCUAGAUAACCAUAACCAGCUGGGAGUGCAGCAGAACAGCCAAGACUUAUUGGCACCCCACAUAAAAAACAGUUAGAAAUGGGCAGA